UCUCUCAGAGUAGUUUGCUAUCUUCCGAGUGUCAGUCGUAAGCCGCAGAGGGACGCAAUGGGUCUUGCUUUCACCAAGAUAUGGCAGCGCAUGAUCGGCAAGCAGGAGAUGAGAAUCCUGAUGGUGGGUUUGGAUGCCGCAGGUAAGACGACCAUCUUGUACAAGCUGAAGUUGGGUGAAGUUGUGACUACUAUUCCAACUAUUGGUUUCAACGUGGAGACUGUGGAGUACAAGAACCUGUCCUUCACCGUGUGGGACGUGGGAGGCCAGGACAAGAUUCGCCCUCUGUGGCGCCACUACUACCAGGGCACCAACGGACUGAUCUAUGUCGUUGACAGCAAUGACCGUGAUCGCAUUGAGGAUGCCCGGGAGGAACUCACUAAGAUGCUGAAUGAGGACGAGAUGCGUGAUGCAGUGCUGCUGGUUUUUGCAAACAAGCAGGACCUGCCACAAGCAAUGACCGCGGCAGAAGUGACUGAGAAGCUUGGCCUUCACAACCUUCGUCACCGCCAGUGGUUCAUCCAGUCCGCAUGCGCAACCACUGGCGAUGGUUUGUACGAAGGCUUGGAUUGGCUUUCCCGCACUUUGUCCUCUAAGCGCUGAGCUGAUAGACGGAGGUAGGGAUAGAGGCAGUCUCUUUGAGAUUGUCGGGGCGUUUCCUUGUGUAGUGGAUGCGUUCCAACAGGAAUUCGUCUGAUGGUUGUGUUGAUUUCUAUUGUUUUUCUGGUUGGUUGGCAUAUCCUUGUGAAGCAGGGUGUGCUGUCACAUUUGGAGAUGGGUGUCAAUGGCAUUUCAUGGUGUGGUUUGGUGGUUGUUACAGCAAGUUGAGCUUUAGAUUUGCAUCGUUUUGCAGCGGUC